ACUGGACAUGCGUUUUCAGUCUAUAUGAACAUUAAACUGAUCUCUAUUCUCAGUAUUCCAGGGGGAUGCAAAUCGUUUCCUGUAACAUGAGUCCAAAUUAGGACUAUUCAUAACUCUCAGGUUUCCAAAUCAGUCUCACAUCUUAAUUUUUAAUAGCUGGAGAAACAAAGGUCCUUUAAACUAUUACUACUAACAGGAAGAUGUGUUUGAAAAUUAACCUAGUAGCAACAGAAAUUACAUCCUACUUUUCAUUGGUUAUCAUGAUUAUAAUGCUCUGUUUCUCCAGAUUUCGAUUCAUGUAUAUCUUAUUUAAUUAAAUAUAUUUGGAGGGGGGUGUUCCUCAAUAUUAUUUUUCAUGGAUGUAAUAACCAUUCAGGAACUCAAACCUGAGAGUCUUGAAGGUGAAGAAAUUAAAAACUCCUAAAGGAGAUUCUGCUAUUGAACUGCUGUUAAUGAUCUGAAAACCAAUACUUUGUAUGUCUCUAUUCUUUAAUGUACAGUUCACUUUCAUGUUUUAGAGAACACAUAAUUGUGCUUUGUUGGCCCUCAAGGUAAUCCAGACAACAAGUGCAAAUAUGAGUGUUAACUUUGUUGUAAGGUUACAUUAACAGAACCUUCCAAAACUGAAAUAACUUCUCCCCUCUUCUUUUGGUCUUUGGAAAGCUAGGGAGGAUCACUUUUGAAAUACUUCCCAUGCCCUCUCCCCUUCUGUGGGCCAAGACAUCUUGUUGUGGAGGUUAAUAAAUCAAUAAACCAUGAACCUCUAUCUCUAUGAAAUUCUACUUAAGCAAAUGAGCCUCUGAAGCAGCCUACAGCAAAUGUUUUUAUUUACACAAUAAAAACAUAAUAAUAUAUAUACAAUUAAUAAACAUCACUAAGUUACUAUUAUAAAUUAUACUGUCAGCUAUCUAUCUAUAUACAUAUUUAUUCUCUAUAAGCUAUGCUAUCUAUGAAUAUUCUUCCUCAGAAGAAAUACCACAAUAUACCACAUAACUGCUCUUCUAAUGGACUUCCAGACUGCUCACAGUUAUCUAAAGGAAGAUCCUAGAAUACAAUACUAGACAGAAGAGCAAACUGAAUACCAAACUGAAGAGCAAAGGUUUCUGUUAAAAAUCUCCUUUUUUACUGUUAACUGCGACAGUUAGGGGAUGGCCCUGGAGAUUCAAACAUAUUAGCUGCCCUCUGAUUGGCCCACACAUCUGUACAUUCCAAAAGCCAUUAAUAGGCACAGCUAUAGAUAAAUAAUUUUUCUCUAACACAUCUUUUACACACCAGUUAACACGCCAUCUACAGCUCUUCUUCCUGACUUCCAAUGUCAUUCCUGCAUACCCAUUACAGCUUUGAGAAUGAAGCCUUGUAGUCCUUAUGAAUAGCACCAUAUUUCAAAAAUCAACUUUCUCUUGUUUUUCCUGGCCUUCAACUAUUCCAUUGAAUGAAAAGUGCUAAGCAAUGAAGAAGUUGCAACUAUUGAAAAAAUCUUUAAAUGGCUGCAAGAAAAACUUUCCCCUUAAUUCCAAUGUAAAGCAAGAAAAUCAAACAGGUCAAAUAAUGGAACCAGUAAAUAAGUUCCUGUAUAAACACAAAGGAUGCUAUUUUGUAGAAGGGGUGUCACCUGAAAGUAUAGAUUCACUGGAAAGUUUUGAAAUCCGAGAUGAUGAUAUAUUUAUAAUCACAUAUCCUAAAUCUGGCACAAUAUGGACUCAAAAUAUUGUGAGCUUGAUUCUUCAUGAAGGUCGACAUGGAACUGAAAAUAUUACCCUGAUUGACAGAGCUCCAUGGCUGGAAUGUAAUAUUUCCCACAUAGAUUUUCCCAAUCGCCCAUCACCUCGUCUCUUUACUUCCCAUCUGCCUUACUAUUUGGUACCCAAAGGAUUACAAAAUAAACGAGCAAAGAUACUCUUACAUUGGUAGGGAAAAAAGCAAUAUGCAGAAUUGUUGGAUUUUAAAGGGCUUAAUUUCUCAGAAGAUUUGGUGAAACCUGAGCACCUUGAGGCAGUAGAAAAAUUCGAAAUCAGGAUAGUGAUAUGUUGUCACUUAUCCAAAAUCUGGUGCACGCGGUAAAUUUAGCAAAUUGAGUUUGUUCAAGGAGACGGAGAUUGGAGGGCAGAGGCGGAGAAUUGAGCUUCAUUCCACCAAAGCACC